UACGAUUAAGAUAGCAGCAGCAGUUUACAGUAGUUUGUGGUAGCAGUAGUUUACACAACAAGCUUUUCAAUUAAGUACUUAUGUUUAUCCGAUGAAAUUUGAAUACGAUUACGUCAUUCAUAUGGCUGAAAAAUUAGUUUGUAUUUUAAUGGACCUCAGAAUUUCGAGUGCUUAUAUAUUAUGCUUUUGCCUAAAACAGUGUUUACACACAGCGUUUUGGUGGUGGUAGCUGCUUAAGGAACAUUUGCCAGUGCGAAUGAAAUAAAAUAAUCUAUUACUUAUUACGAUCUUUGAGGGAAUCUUAAUUGCAAUUUGUGAUUUAUCGUUUUUGUGACGUACUGUGCAUGUUUGUUGCAAGAACACCCGAUGUAUCCAUAAACUGCUGCUUUUGAUUUCUGCAAAGCAAAUACAAGUCUAACAGCAGUACAAUGUAUUAAAUGUUCGGGCAUUCAUUGUUUUACCGUACGUGUCACUUGAAUUUGUGAGGUGAAAGUUGAAACGCUGACAAUGAUAAUAAAAGAAUACCGAAUAAUUCUUCCGAUAUCGAUGGAAGAGUAUCCUAUCGCUCACUCAUAUACAACAACUGCUGUAAUUCGACAAGAUUUGGCACUUGGAGAUGAUAUCGAGAUAUCGAAGAGCGAACCGGUGACGAAUAUUCGUUUGCCAGAUGGAAAGCGCACCAGUGGUCAUUUCGUCCACAAGGUUUAUCAUUUGCGCAGGCAAGUUCCAAAAUGGGCGAAAGUCUUGGCUCCUAAGGAACUGCUCGUGCUUCAUGAAAAAACUUGGAAUGCUUUUCCUUAUUCACGCACUGAGUUUUCGAAUCCAGAGUUUCUAAAAGAAAAACUAUCUCUGCGCCUUGAUUCCAUAUGCGCUCCGGAUCGCGGCACUUCAGAAAAUAUUCACUGCUUGACCCCAGCGGAACUGGCGCAAAGAGAAAUAAUCUACCUGGACAUUGCCGGCGAACAGAUUCCGCGUAAGGAGUAUAAGGCUGAAUGCGAUCCAAAAAUAUACCGUUCCACGCGAACCGGAAGAGGGCCGCUGGUCGGGGAUUGGCAGCAUUCGGUCUCUCCCGUCAUGUGUUGCUACAAACUCAUGACAAUGGAUUUCAAAUGGCUUGGACUCCAGGAUAAGGUUGAGAAAUAUGCAUACGAGGCUGAACGAAAAGUGUUCUGCCAGUUUUACCGCCAAAUGUUUUGCUGGAUAGACCAGUGGUAUGGGCUCACGCAGGCGGACGUGCGCGCAAUGGAAGAAGAUACCUGUCGGCAAAGCUGCAGCCGUGCUAACAGGCCCCAGGGUUUGUUUGGGAGCAAAUCGGCCGUCCUACUGCCGGCACGGGCUGCGCGUCUCGUGCCGGAAUCCAAAUCAUUGUCUCUUCCGUUAGACCCAUCCACCGGGUUUUAAUUCUGAUCGCAAUUCUGUUUCUAAAAUCUGAUUUCAGUACGUGCUACGUUUUAUAGUGCAUGCAUAACAUAUUAUCUUCCACUGGCCGUGUGCAUUUUGGUUUACAAGUUUUGGUUAUCUGGAAGGCUGCUAGCUGCGGCGGGUACUUAUCGUACCUAUCGGACCUUGCCAUUUUGCUACGUUCUGCAGAGUGCAGACUUGUUUUUAGCAAUUUUGGGAGUCAAAAUUGCCAUUGGCAUUAAGCAUUUAUAAAAUAUUGAUAUUGUAUAA